AUGAGUGAAGGGGCGGCCGCUGCCUCGCCACCUGGAGCCGCUUCGGCAGCCGCCGCCUCGGCCGAGGAGGGCACCGCGGCGGCUGUGGCUGCGGCGGCGGCGGCGGCGGCGGCGGCGGGCGGGGGCCCGGACGGCGGCGGCGAAGGGGCGGCCGAGCCCCCCCGGGAGUUACGCUGUAGCGACUGCAUCGUGUGGAACCGGCAGCAGACGUGGCUGUGCGUGGUGCCUCUGUUCAUCGGCUUCAUCGGCCUGGGGCUCAGCCUCAUGCUGCUCAAAUGGAUCGUGGUGGGCUCCGUCAAGGAAUACGUGCCCACCGACCUGGUGGACUCCAAGGGGAUGGGCCAGGACCCCUUCUUUCUCUCCAAGCCCAGCUCCUUCCCCAAGGCCAUGGAGACCACCACCACGACCACUUCCACCACGUCUCCAGCCACCUCCGCCGGCAGCGCCGCCUCUUCCAGGACGCCCAACCGGAUUAGCACCCGGCUGACCACCAUCACGCGGGCGCCCACUCGCUUCCCCGGGCAGCGGGUGCCCAUCCGGGCCAGCCCGCGUUCCACCACGGCACGGAACACUGCGGCCCCCUCGACGGUCUUGUCCACGACAGCCCCUUUCUUCGGUGGCAGCACUCCGGGCUCCCGACCCCCGGUGCCAGGAACCCCCAGUACCCCGGCCAUGCCCUCCUGGCCCACUGCGGCAUACGCUACCUCCUCCUACCUUCAUGAUUCGACUCCCUCCUGGACCCUGUCUCCCUUUCAGGAUGCUGCCUCCUCCUCUUCCUCCUCCUCGUCUUCCUCCUCUACCACCACCACGCCAGAAACUAGCACCAGCUCCAAAUUUCAUACGACGACAUAUUCCACGGAGCGGUCUGAGCACUUCAAACCCUGCCGAGACAAGGACCUUGCCUACUGUCUCAAUGAUGGCGAGUGCUUUGUGAUUGAAACCUUGACUGGGUCCCAUAAACACUGUCGGUGCAAAGAAGGCUACCAAGGAGUCCGUUGUGAUCAAUUUCUGCCGAAAACUGAUUCCAUCUUAUCGGAUCCAACAGACCACUUGGGGAUUGAAUUCAUGGAGAGUGAAGAAGUUUAUCAGAGGCAGGUGCUGUCAAUUUCCUGUAUCAUCUUUGGAAUUGUCAUCGUGGGCAUGUUCUGUGCAGCAUUCUACUUCAAAAGCAAGAAACAAGCUAAACAAAUUCAAGAGCAACUCAAAGAGCCACAUAACGGUAAAAACUACAGUCUCAAAGCAUCCAGCACAAUGGCAAAGUCAGAGAACUUGGUGAAGAAUCAUGUCCAGCUGCAAAAUUAUGCAAAGGCGGAAAGGCAUCCCGUGACUGCAUUGGAGAAAAUGAUGGAGUCAAGUUUUGCCGGCCCCCAGUCAUUCCCAGAGGUCCCUUCUCCCAACAGAGGAAGCCAAUCUGUCAAACACCACAGGACUCUCUCCUCUUGCUGCAGCCCAGGGCAAAGGAGUGGUAUGCUCCAUAGGAACGCCUUCAGAAGGACACCCCCCUCACCCCGAAGUAGGUUGGGCGGAAUCGUGGGACCAGCAUAUCAGCAACUCGAGGAAUCAAGGGUCCCAGACCAGGAUACGAUACCUUGCCAAGGGUAUUCAUCCAGUGGUUUAACAACCCAACAAAAUGCAUCAAUAAAUAUGCAACUGCCUUCGAGAGAGACAAACUCCUAUUUUAAUAGCUUGGAUCAAACGGACCUGAUGGGAUAUUCAUCCCCAAGGGCCAGUUCCGUGCCCAUCAUCCCCUCAGUGGGUCUAGAGGAAACCUGCAUGCAAAUGCCAGGGAUUUCUGAAGUCAAAAGCAUCAAAUGGUGCAAAAACUCCUACUCUGCUGAUAUUGUCAAUGUGAGUAUUCCAGUCAGCGAUUGUCUUAUAGCAGAACAGCAAGAAGUGAAAAUAUUGCUAGAAACUGUCCAGGAGCAGAUCCGAAUUCUGACUGGUGCCAGGCGGUCAGAAGACUACGAACUGGCCAGCGUGGAAACCGAGGACAGUGCGAGUGAAAACACAGCCUUUCUCCCCCUGAGUUCCACAGCCAAAUCAGAACGAGAGGCCCAAUUUGUCUUAAAAAAUGAAAUACAAAGAGACCCUGCGUUGACCAAGUGACCUGAGAUGUAAGAAUCUGUGCGUUCUAUGCUUUGCUCAACAGGAAAGAGAGGAGAUUAAAUACAAAUUAUUUAUAUGCAUUAAUUUAAGAGCAUCUACUUAGAAGAAACCAAAUAGUCUAUCACCCUCAUAGUGUUUUUUAACAAAAUAUUUUUUUAAAGGGAAAGAAACGUUUCAGGAGGGAUAAAGCUUACCACUAAAGCUUUUGGGUAGAAUUUUGAAUACAAUUUCAUUUAGUCCCAACACUGUCCUCUUUGGCUCUUAGUAGAUGUGGGCAAUUCAGACUCUCCGCCCCACAGUGCCAGUGACCUCAUAAAAAAGUGCUGGCAGUUACCC